CUGAAACUGCCUAAUUUUGAACUAACCCAAAGCAUAGGGCUACUUUUGAAAAAGCCCAAAUUCUCAGUGUCCCCCUCUUCAAGAAACCUGAAAGUAUAGCAGAAGAACAAAGCAAGCAAACCAAAACCUGCUUUCGAUCUCGAAGAAGGUUCCUUUGAUUUGAAACAUGGGCGACAGUCAGUAUUCGUUUUCUCUAACUACUUUCAGUCCUUCUGGGAAGCUUGUUCAGAUUGAGCAUGCCCUGACGGCUGUUGGAUCCGGCCAAACAUCUUUAGGAAUCAAAGCUGCUAAUGGAGUUGUCAUUGCCACUGAGAAGAAACUACCUUCUAUUUUGGUUGAUGAAACCUCUGUUCAAAAGAUUCAGACCUUAACUCCUAACAUUGGCGUUGUUUACAGUGGCAUGGGUCCAGAUUUUCGAGUUCUAGUUCGAAAAAGUAGGAAGCAGGCGGAGCAAUAUCACCGAUUAUAUAAAGAGCCAAUCCCUGUUACACAGCUUGUUAGGGAGACUGCUGCUGUUAUGCAGGAGUUCACUCAAUCAGGUGGUGUUAGGCCUUUUGGAGUUUCAUUGUUGGUUGCGGGAUUCGAUGACAAAGGUCCACAAUUAUAUCAGGUUGACCCAUCAGGUUCAUAUUUCUCUUGGAAAGCUUCAGCCAUGGGGAAAAAUGUUUCUAAUGCAAAGACAUUUCUUGAGAAGAGGUAUACAGAGGAUAUGGAACUUGAUGAUGCUGUUCACACAGCAAUUUUGACAUUGAAGGAAGGGUUUGAAGGCCAAAUUUCUGGCAAAAACAUUGAGAUUGGCAUAAUUGGUGCUGACAAGAAAUUCAGUUUAUUUCCUGGUUUGAACGAAGCAUUUCUUCAAACUCACAAACCCAGUAGUCUGCAAAUACUUUCACCUGAUCUUUUCACUGUGCCGGUCUUUUUGCAGAGUACUUACGCCAGCUGAAAUUGAUGAUUACUUGGCCGAAGUGGAGUAAGUUGCAUUUCAUGUAUUGAAGAAAGUGGCAUUAUUUCUCUGUGAUCUUUCAAUGGUUAGAUUUUGUGAGAGAUUGAAUCUGGUAGACCAAAGUGCUGAGCAAGCACAAACUAUAAAUUUCAGUGACUGAUAAUGGAACUGUUUGUAAUCAGAAUGACAAUGUACUGGGCUAAAAGUAUUUCAUAUUUCUUUUUU